AGUGCGCAUGGCGCUUCGUUUCAUUUUUCAUUUUGUUACGUUGUGCACGUGCAUCAAUGUUUACUGACAUUACUACACGUGUUUCGCUCACAAGGACAUUGAGCAACGUGUACAAUAUCUUUCGCUAUCAUGCUACAGCGGCCGCAGACACCACGUUCGCUACUAAAGCACAGAGCGAUCAGUUUCGUAUAAGCCCCAUCGGAAUACAGUUGCUAUCGCUUGACCUACACAAGCAAGUCUUUGGUGAGUCGACCUCGUCACCGGACCCAAAAAGCGUCGAGAGAAGCAUCGAUCAUCUGCAAGAUCAAGGACUAUGGGGUCACAAGACGUCAGUCGUUCCGGACGUCAGCUUUCAACUUCCAAAACUGCUUGGAUCAAACCUCGACGAACACUUUACGAAGUUGGGUGAGCGUUAUGCCUGCGAUUACAGAGUUUCAGCAGAAAAGCUAGCCGAUUCCCAACUACCACCUCUGCCACGACAAUGGGUUUUUGCACGAGGCUGGACGAAGUACGGUAAAGACAGUGAACCUAUCAAAGUGGAAUCUCCUCAAGACGUUGGCCUCGUAUUUGACGUCGAAGUCUGCGUCAGGGAAGGCAACCUCCCGACAUUAGCGGCAGCAGCCUCAGACGACUCUUGGUAUUCGUGGUGCAGCUCCCAGCUCACUCGAGAACAAUUCAAAUGGCGAGAAAAAAUUCGGUUAUCUGAUCUUAUCCCGCUGGAAAAAGACAUACAAAGUAGGUCCGUACCAAGAAUAGUUGUUGGACACAACGUUGGAUUUGACAGAUCGUUCGUCAAGGAACAGUAUUUCGUACAGGGCAGCAGGUUGCGCUUCCUCGACACAUUGUCGUUGCACGUUUGCGUCUCUGGGCUCACAGGUCAUCAACGAGCGCUUUCGUUGGCCAGCAAGUCCGCCAAGGCCACAAAGAGCCAGGGUCCUCCUCCUGAGAUGUGGCUCGAUAUCAGUUCUCUCAACAACCUUGCUGACGUGUAUGCCUUGUAUUCCGGCGGUAAGAAGCUCAAGAAGGAACCGAGGGAGACAUUCAUGACUGGGACACUUGCGGAUAUUGCGUCAAAUUUUCAGGAACUGAUGACGUAUUGUGCCAGCGACGUCAUUGCAACCCACGAGGUUCUCGGAAAGCUGUUGCCGCUUUAUUUGGAAAGGUUUCCGCACCCAGUAUCUUUUGCGGGCAUGCUGGAGAUGCUGACGGCUUACCUCCCGGUUAACCAAAAUUGGGAGAGGUACCUCCGCGAUGCAGACGCUGUUUAUGAAGAUUUCCAGCAAGAACUGAAACAGACCCUUUCAUCGAUCGCAAACUCUACGUGUGCCCUGCUGAACGACGAGGCUUACAAGAAAGAUCCGUGGUUGUGGGAUCUGGAUUGGUCCGUUCAGAACAUGCGCGUCAAGAAGAAUUCCGCGAAAGAGAAUAUUAAGAAACAAGACCCAAACAAGAAACAAGAAAAUGUUGUAGGUAAUAACGAACAAGCUAACUGUCCUGAUUCAGAAGAGUCGGACAAAGAACAACAACUCAGAAAUGAAGUACGAGAUAUUUUAGACACUGCAAAGUCUCUGUACAAGGUACAGCCAUUUCUGCCUGGGUACCCCGCGUGGUACCGAGAAUUUUGUACAAAGCCCAAUGGUGAUGCCGAAGGUUGGGAACCAGGUCCCAGUUCGAUCAGUACCCAAAUGAGGUCGGUCCCGAAGCUGUUGCGACUAAUGUGGGACGGGUACCCGCUGCACUACAACGAAACGCACGGGUGGGGCUAUCUCGUACCUGCGCAGCAGAAAGAUGGAACUGUGAUCGUGAACACUGAAAAAGCUCUAGAAAACGUAGGGCCCAGGUUUCCUACCGAGGAGUUCCUGAAGGUGUGUGGUUACAGAGCGGUCGAAACCACGUCUGCUGAAGGUGCUGCCGACUGGGAGAAGCUAAAAGACAUCCCGGAAGAGGGUAUUUGGAAGCUGUGGAAAAAGGUCCUUGGAGACAAUGACGCCGGAUCAACAGUUCCUGCCAGCGAUCCAGACGACGACGUCAAUCUUCCGGGUUGCCGUUUCGUCAAACUCCCCCACAAGGACGGCCCACACAAACGUGUCGGCAACCCUCUCUCCAAAGAUUUUCUAGCUAAGGUAACCGAAGGGAUUCUACGCUCGAACAUCCCCGAAGCCGACCACGUACUGCUGCUCAGCAAGAUGACGUCCUACUGGAAGAACGCGCGAGACAGGAUAAUGUCCCAGAUGGUGGUCUGGUUUCAGAGGAGCGAACUGCCGAGAUCGGUGACGAUUACGGAAGGCGAGCAGUACGGCACCAUCCUCCCCAGGCUCAUUCCGGCGGGGACGGUUACGCGGAGGGGCGUGGAACCAACGUGGCUCACGGCGAGCAACGCUUACGAGGACCGGGUGGGAAGCGAGCUGAAGUCCAUGGUGCAAGCGCCGUGCGGCUACCACUUCGUAGGAGCCGACGUCGACUCUCAGGAGCUGUGGAUAGCCGCUAUAUUGGCCGACGCCUACUUUGCUGGGUUGCACGGCUGCACCGCUUUCGGCUGGAUGACCCUCCAGGGAAGCAAAGCGCACGGAACGGACAUGCACAGCCGGACCGCGUCGUCCGUAGGCGUAUCCCGGGACCACGCAAAGGUUAUGAACUACGCGCGGAUCUACGGUGCCGGACUUCCGUUUGCGCAGAGGCUCCUGAUGCAGUUCAACCACAGGUUAACGAGCAGCGAAGCGUUCCAGAAGGCAAAGAUUAUGUACUCACAAACGAAGGGCGUCAGAACCAGCGUUCCCGAAGUCAUCGACGGACAGGAGGUCUUCGUGAAGGGCGGGCGACGUCUGUGGAAAGGAGGCAGCGAGUCGCACAUGUUCAACAAGUUGGAAGACAUUGCCUUGUCGGACGAGCCGAGAACCCCGGUCCUGAACUGCCGCAUCAGCCGAGCCCUCGAACCGGCAGCCGUCGACACCAACUUCCUCAACAGUCGUAUCAACUGGGUGGUGCAAAGUUCGGCCGUUGAUUAUUUGCACCUAAUGCUAGUCAGCAUGCGCUGGUUAAUGGACGAUUAUUCGAUACGAGGUAGGUUCUCCAUCAGCAUUCACGACGAAGUCAGGUUUCUCGUGGCAUCGGAGGAUCGAUACAGGGCUGCCUUGGCCCUUCAGGUGACAAACCUGCUGACGAGGUCGUAUUUUGCGUGGCAGCUAGGGAUGAGGGACCUCCCUCAGAGUGUGGCGUUCUUCAGUAGCGUCGAGGUAGACAGUGUCGUCAGAAAGGAAGUAAGCAUGGACUGCGUCACUCCAUCGAACCUGCACGGUUUGGAGAGGGGGUACGGUAUUCCUCGAGGCGAGGCGUUGGAUAUUUACCAGGUGCUCGAGAAGACUCAAGGGGGAUGUCUGAGUAAGUCUGCAAAGCGCAGAAGGAAAAAGCUCGAGGUAGAAGCAACUUCCUGAGGUAGAACACGACGUGUUAUUCUGUGAUUUGCGGAACUUUCAUUCUUCGGGUAUAGACACUGUGCUGUUACAUAUUACUGUACGAAUUUAUAUUUAUAAUUUGUAUUUAUAGUUUUUUUACUGUGUUCAGUUGGAGUGGGAUAGCGGCGAAUUUUUUCUCAGAUGGGGCUGGGAUGCCAAAGGAGAGUGCAGAACUGUGACCACACAAGUUCAGUUGAUCAGUAUCACCUUGCAUGACACACACAUUGCAGUGAUGGAAGUGCUGUGACAUUUGUGCCAAACUGCGUCAAUCACCGGGUGCAGCGCCAUCCCGUGACAUACGGGGUGAUUUUGCAGCAUUUGCACCAAAGUUGUGCGAAGACGUGGAGUAGGCGACCACUUUGCUGUCCACGGAGAUCGCGCACGUGACGAGAAAAUGAAACCCGAAGUCAACGAGGCACACCAGCGUGUGAUCAAAUUUAAACGUGAGAGGGACCUGACAUUGACAUAGUGAUCUCUAGAUGAUCUCUAGCCAGUGGUGACUCGAUCUCUUGUCCCCCUCAGCCGACUGUGAGAAAUGGCAUCACACGUACAUUUAAGAGGGAAGUUCAGGCCCCCUUAGCCACUCCCUCGCUUAACCCUCUACAUUGCUGUACAUUUUUGGGCUGUAUAUUAUUAAUUGUUAGGAAAGCAUCGUUUUUGUGUACUUUGUGCAGUGGUGCAUUCAGCACUUUUACUGUUUCUUGCUUUGUCUUGUUGCGUGAGUGGACAGGAGCACCAUGCCAAUUUACCUCUCCGAAGAUUUUUGUACAAAAGUUUUUCUUGUGUGUUUGUGGUCAACCUGUUGCACAGAAUUUUAAGGACGUCAGGGAAGAAUGCCUUUUCAGGGGACCUUUGUGUGGUGCCGUCUAUAUUCAGCCGCAUGUGGCAAAUACUGUCGAAAGUGCCCGUGUACCAGGGCCUUUUCUAGUGUGGAAAGACGUGUUGGUAGAAAAAUUACAAGUCACAUCAGUGACAGUGGGUAGGCGAGAAGGCCCCUGUUGUCUGUUGGUCAGAAAUGUUCUUGCGUUUUUAUGGUAUUGACUAAACUGGACAUCUUCUAUAUUUUA